GAAGCCCUACUAAAGUGCCUCUCUCAAUCUCAACUAGUUUCAAAACAGAGACAGUCAUGGGAGGAGAGAAGAGGAAAUCUAGUCUCAAAAACCUAGCUAAUGCAAAGAAGAGGAAAGGACCUCACUUACCUAGCUCAAUACUCAAGACCAUUGCGAAUGAGAAACGCCCUUUGAACUCUGACGAAGGAGACGAUGAGAUCGAUUCCGACUACGGUGAUGAUUUGUACGAGUACGAAGAAGGUGUGCCUGAAGAGGAGUCAAGGAAAAACAAACGCUACGACCGCGUGGAUAACUAUGAAUUCGAGCUUCCCCAGGAUUUCGAGGAUGAAAACGUGGAGUCAGAAGAUGAUGAUGAUGAUAGGCACACACGGAUGUUGAAAGAUGUCACUGGAUUGCCAACUGCAGCCUUUCAAGGAGACAGUAAGAGCAAACGUGUACUCAUAACUGAACCAUAUCCAGAGUCUGAAUUCAAUCCUACCCGUGAUGUUCUGGAGGGUAAAUCCCUCACCACAAUUGAUGACCUUAUGGAGCCUCUUCAAGGAUUACCUGGAUAUAGCCAACUACGCGAUAUGAUCUUCCGGAUGCGAAAAGAUACUCAGUCUCUUGUUCAUGCUCCUCUGACAAAGCAAGAACGAGAAAAACUGGAACGGAACGUAGUGAAAGAACUAGUUGACAAGGUAUUUAAUAAUUGGGUGCCUCUUGUAAAGAGGAAUAGAGAGGCGCCAACUGUUUACUUUAACCAAGAUGUCAAUGUUGGAUACUCUACCGUUGGUGCUAUAGCAUCACAGUUUCAGCCCAGGACUGGAUUUGAGAUGAAAAUGGCGUCUCUACUCGAUGAUAAUGAGAUUUGGGAGGCUCACAAAGAAGAUGGAGCUAGGCUUCUUGAAUUCAACGAGGUAUCUAUGGAAGAUCACAUCAAGAGACGUAACCAUCUUGCUAAGAUGCGUAGCAUGCUCUUCCGAGUUGACCUGAAAAGUAAACGAAUCAAGAAGAUUAAGUCUAAAACUUAUCAUCGCCUUAAAAACAAAGACCUGAAUAAAUCGGGAGUUGGAGCAUUCAUGGACCCAGAAAUGGCUAAAGAAGAGGCUAAGAUGCAGGAGGUUAGACGAGUAAAGGAACGUAUGACUUUAAAGCACAAAAACGCAGGACCAUGGGCCAAACGCAUGCUAAGGCUUGGACUGAAUAGGAAGUACGAUGGAACUCGGGCAGCUAUAGCUGAACAACUUCAGAUUAAUGCUACAUUGUCCAGAAAGAUGAACUCCACAAAAGAUGAAAGCAGUAGUGAUGAGGAAGAGUUGAAUGAUGGUUCAGAUCAGGAUACUUGUAAACUGAUAGCGGAAGCAAAGGAGAAGACACUGAGAACUCUGGAAGAUGAUGAAGUCCCCAUUUCUGGUCUCAUGUCAUUACCUUUCAUGGCUCGUGCUGUGAAAAAGAAAAAUGAGGAAGCUAAUGAAGAAGAUAAACGUGGACUUGAGGAUUAUGAAGAGUUUAAGAACUCUGGUGGAGCAGAAACCUCUAAAAAGUCCACUAAUGUUGGUGGUAGAAGAGUAUUUGGGGCAGAAGCUCCAAAAGAGUCUAAAAAGGAAUCAGACAACUUUUUUAAUAACAGUGAUAGUAGUGACAAUGAUAUGGAUGAUAAUGACUUAGAGGCUGUAAAAGAUAAUGCUUCACCAGCUAGAAACACUAAAGCCAUUAUGGAAACCGAGGUACCUUCUCCGGUUAGUCAUAAUGGUUGUUUCUUCUCUCCCUUUCAAAAUCUCUGAUUACAACAUCUGUUGUUUGAUCUCCUGCAGAAGGAGACGAAAGAUGAAGAAAGUGAUUAUGAUUCAGAGAGUGAAGCAGAGGAAAUGGUUGAUGGGAUUUUGACAUGUUGUUCAAAGGAAACCUAUGAAAUUCCUUGUCAGGCAGAGCUUGUAAGGCGUGCUUUUGCUGGUGAUGACGUUGUAGGUGAAUUUGACAAGGAUAAGCAAGAGGUACUAAAUCAGGAAGUUCCUGAACCCGAAAAACCAGUUCAAGUUCCUGGUUGGGGACAAUGGACCAAUACCCAAAACAAGAGAGGUUUACCAUCAAGGAUGGUUAGAGAACACGAAGAUGCCAAGAAAACGAGAGAGCAAGCUCUCAAAAAAAGGAAAGACGGUUCUCUCAGACAUGUUAUCCUAUCAGAAAAAGUCGAUAAAAAGGCUGAGAAACUUCAAACAACGAGUCUACCUUACCCUUACACAUCAAAGGAAGUUUUUGAACAUAGUAUGCGUAUGCCUAUUGGACCUGAGUUUAAUCCCACAACUAUAGUUGGAGAUCUAAACCGACCUGAGGUUGUGAAGAAAGCUGGAAUGAUCAUUAAACCUGUCAAGUUUGAGGAAGUAGAUCCGAAUGAGAAAGUAGAGGACGAACACGCUCGUAGCCAUCAGAAACAAAAACCCAAAAAGGGUCGUACGUUAAACCAAUAGAGAUUAAAGCAAAAGCCAAGUCCAACUC